ACUACAAGGUGGCGUCUUCUGUUCUUAGAAUGUUUUAUGCGAAAUAAAAUUUAACUGUAAUAUUCUUAAUUUACCUCAUUCUAGGCCUAGCUGCGUCCAGCAGUAAAACCUGUGACGCCUGGAUAGCCACCCUAUAUCACAGAUGGACAAAAGAAGUGAGCCGUUACCUUUUUCUGAUUCUUCCAAACCUCAAGAGGCGCCAUGUUUAUUUGCGAAUGCAUCGUCAAUUUAUGGCACUUCCACCAGCAAUAUGAGGCGGUCUCCGAAUGAUGAUGCUUUUAAAAUAGGAACGUUUGAAAUCGAUCCUAGAAAGCAAGCACUAUUAGAAGCCAGAAUGGUUCCCAUUCAAUCUGAUUCACGACUUUUUGUCGUUCCUCAAAGUCAUUCGCAACAAACCGAUUCAAAUCUGAGUGCCAGUUCUUUACAAAGUACCAAUAGCGAUGAUACAGAUGUGACACCAGAAAAGUCUCGUACCGGUUCAGGUCUGGAUCGGAAAAGAAAACGUAAAACCGGUGACCUGUGUGACGGAAAUAACACUGGACACGGGAAGACAGCUAAGAGUGAUAAUAAUUCUAAGAAAAUACAAGAUUAUUUCAACAAGACUCAAAUUUCUUCUAGUAGUCCUAAUCGAGGAGUCAGUCAAACUGUUUCUCCCCCUAUUCAAGCAUGCAGUCCGUCAAGAAUUUAUAGUCCAUUACAAGUUACGAUGAAACAACCAAACUCAUUUAACGACAGAAAACUACAAUUAGAACAUAAAUAUUCUCAAACCGACCUUACUUAUGUUGAACUAAGAAAUAAGGAAGCUCAAUCAGCGUCCGAUUUGGAGACAAAAAAUUCCAAAAUUGCCUCUCUAGAACAAGAAUCAGAUAAACUUAGGCAACAAAUCGUGGCCCAAAGUAAACUUAUAGAGAAAGAUAAAGACACAAUAGCUAAAUGUCUUACUUUUACAAAGAAAUUACUUAUCGAAAAAAGUGAAUUAGAUAGAAAAACAGCUAGGCAAAAGUGUAUGGAAAAUCGUUUACGAUUAGGCCAAUUUAUUAAUCAACGACAAGGGGCGACAUUUGUUGAAAAUUGGGUAGAUGGAUUUGCUUUUACAGAGAGACUCAAACAACAAGAACGCAUAACUUCCGAAAGGGACGAAAUAGAAAAACAAAGAAAGUUACUGCUUAAAAGGAAACCACCUCCUGAAAAUCCCACUACAAAACGAGGGAAAGCGGCUGCUGCUGCCCUUGCUGCUGCUAGCGUGCAGCAAGACGGGUUUGCAAAGCCGACAUCUCGUGAUGUUGCCAAUAAUCAAAUGUCUGGGCAAGAAUGGCAUGCAUGUGAUGAGAUAUUAAAACUAAGAAGUCAGGCACUUAAACGUGAGGAUACUGAUUUACAAGCUGAGCUAGAAAAGCUUGAACGUGAGCGAAAUUUACAUAUACGUGAAUUAAAGCGCAUUGCAGCCGAGGAUAACUCUAGAUUUACAAAUCAGACUAUAUUGAACGAUCGUUACCUCUUAUUAUAUUUGUUAGGAAAGGGUGGCUUCAGCGAAGUUCAUAAGGCUUUUGAUUUGAAAGAACAACGAUACGUUGCCUGUAAAAUCCAUCAACUUAACAAAGAAUGGAAAGAUGAUAAGAAAGCGAAUUAUAUAAAACAUGCUCUUCGAGAAUAUAAUAUUCACAAGUCACUGGAACAUCCUCGUAUCGUCAGAUUAUUUGAUGUUUUUGAAAUUGACACGAACUCGUUUUGUACCGUAUUAGAAUUGUGCGAAGGCAACGACCUCGACUUCCAUCUGAAACAAUGUAAACAAUUGCCGGAACGCGAAGCUAGGUCUAUUAUAGUUCAAACGGUUUCUGCUCUCCGAUACCUUAAUUCGAUAAAGCCACCAGUCAUACAUUAUGACUUGAAACCGGGGAAUAUUCUUCUUGGAGCUGGAUCUUUAAGUGGAGAAAUCAAGAUAACCGAUUUCGGAUUAAGUAAAGUUAUGGAUAAUUCCGAUGAUGGUACUGGUAUUGACUUGACUUCACAAGGAGCAGGUACCUAUUGGUAUCUACCUCCAGAAUGUUUUAUUGUUGGUAAAGAUCCACCAAAGAUUUCAUCGAAAGUAGACGUUUGGAGUGUUGGCGUCAUAUUUUACCAAUGUUUAUAUGGAAAAAAGCCUUUUGGGAAUAAUCUCACACAAGCUGCCAUACUGGAAGAGAACACUAUUUUGAAAGCUACUGAAGUUGAAUUCCCACCGAAACCUGUAGUUAGCAACGAAGCCAAGUAUUUUAUGCGACGAUGUCUCAAGUAUCAUAAGGAGGAGAGACCCGAUGUAAUGCAAUUGUAUGGGGACGACUACUUAAAACCUUCUGGCAUGAGGUCUAAAUCGCAACAUUCUAGUAUAGAAAGCUCAAUUCUAAGCUGA